AUGAUAGCACUCUCGCCGCGACGUCUCCUAGUCCAAAGUUUGUUGGUCGUUUACGUUCAGAGUCGCAGCUGGCCGGAACCAUGGCCUGCACACUGGUUAGAAAGCAGCGGUUAUCGGGACCCAGGCCAGCAGCAGGUUAUGCGAGAGCCUGAUGGGGACUGGAGCGGUACCGACUGCCAAAUCAGUAAUAUAACAGCAUUUGAGAUGGCGAAGGGUAGGCAGUUGGUCGACUUCGCCACUGGGGCGACGGAAGAUCUCGAGAUACCCAAGAUUCGACCCCUUAACGCGUCCAGCGGCGAACAGUGGGAGUUUGAUGGGGUUUCAGAGGAUGGCAUGCAGUCCUUCAUAUUAGGCUUCUACAGGGAUCCAAAUUAUGCUAUUUUAGGGACGGGCAACUUUAGACUCUCUGUCGAAUUCACCUUUGCAAACCGAUCACGUUUCUACGAAGUCUACUAUCCGUAUAGAUCUGUGAUAGAGACAUGCACAUCCGUGGGAACUAGGGGUAUAUGGUUCGAUGAGAAGGAUGACUACCGGUUCAUGUUUCAGGUCAACAGCGAGAUGAGCGAAGCGGUGGUCACCAUGGAGUCGGACACCGUGAAAGGCAGGGCUGUCAUCAAAUCUCGUGCACAACCGGUGGCGGCAGACGGGAAUGUAUGGCCAUCUGAAAAUGCAACCACUGACCCGGUGCCAUACUGGCAUUGGUCUGAGCCUAUUCCUGGAGGACUUGUAGAUGUCGAUGUUAAUAUCAAAGGCGAACAAAUUGUUUGGUCGGGCAUGGGUGGUCAUGAGAGAUUUUGGUCUGCUUUCAGUUGGUUCACCUGCCUCAGGAACCUAGACGCCGUCAAAGCGAUGCUUGGACCCUACGUUCUAUCCUACUUUGGCUUUAAGUCUAACAUGGUUGCUGGCCUCACCCACCAAUCUGUGGUACUGUUUAAAGACGGCCUUCCCGUUUUCCGCAGCACACUGAGUACCCCAUCCGACACAGAGCCAUACGCUCUUAUCACAAAGACAUAUGGGGGCGCCGUAACAGGUACUCUUAAAGAUAAAGUCACAGGCGUUCAGUUGGAGCUUGUGGCACCUAGAGCAAGACAACAUUACACCUUCUUCGUGGAGAACACUAACCUAGGAUUUGAAUACAUUCUAGGCGAGGGCGUCGGUGGCAGUGGCUUUUCUGCAAGGUCAAGAGGCGGCCACGUAGGAUUAUCUCAAUAUGACGGGGUUGCACUGGUUGAAGCACUGACCUUCCCGAAGAAUUCACCUCUGUUCCGAAGCAACUACGUCGAGUAG